AUGGCUGUUGGCAGAGGCAAAGAAGGCAAAUUACGGACCAAAGCGAAGACGAGGUCAGCGCGAGCUGGUCUGCAGUUCCUCGUGGGUCGUGUGCACCGUCUGUUGCGUCGUGUCAACUAUGCGGAGCGCAUGGCACUCGACAACAAGAAGACGCGUAUUAUUCCUCGUCACCUGCAGUUGGCUAUCCACAAUGGCGAAGAGUUGAACAAGCUGUUGGGCGGUGUGACUAUCGCGCAGGGUGGCGUGCUGCCCAACAUCCAGGCAGUGCUGCUGCCGAAGAAGACGGAGAAGCUCGUGUUCAGCAAGGAGUAG